CCCGCGCAUCCGUCCGAUUCGUCCUUCGUCCGCCCACACGCAUUCCCCGUUCCCCUCCACGCUCCUCCUCUCCUCUCCUCCACGCCCGAGCCGCCCCUCCUCCGUUCCAUGGUCCGUGCGCCCGAGCCGCCUCCUCCUCCUCCGGCUCGUCGACGCGUGCCCUGGCAGCCCACAUCCGCUCCUCCGUCUUAUCUCCCCGGCCCUCCCGGAUCUGAAGAAGAGCACCGCCGCCACCACUGUCGCCCUGCGUGCUGUGUGCAACAUGCACAUCCUCCAUGAGCACACCACCGCAACUCCAGCACCCACCCUCCGCGAGCACACCACCGUCCGUUCCGGAUUCCCCUCCGCCGACGAUGACCCCGAUCGAAACCCUAACCCUAGGGUGUAAACGAUGAGGCCCCCACGGCGGGGAUGGGCGGCGGCAUGGUGGGGAAGCAGAAGGCGGGGGUUGUCACCGCCACGGCGAGCCGGGAGUGGAUGAUGGUGCUAGCUAAGGGCCAGCGCGGAUGGAGGAGGCUAGGAAACACGCGGUGAUGGCGCGGACAGGGCUGCCAGCGCGCAAGUGCUCGGCCAAUUUCUCUACAUCCAUCCCUUACUACCUCCCUCUUCACCCACCCACCAAGUGCUCGGCUAAUUUCCCCCACCCAGAUCGAGCACUGCUUCAUCCAUGGAUCCUUACAUGCUAAAAGAAUUACCCUAAUCAAGUAAAUCAUUCCUUUCCUUAAUUCACGUGCUCUCCAUUUCAUGUAUUGCUUUUGAUUUUUGUAGCCACCCGAGAAGCAUCAGGACCUCGUCCACGGUGUCUUCCAAUGUAUGUGUGCACACGGCGCCUUCCCAUUGAGGAUCCGAUCCCAGCCACUACUGCCAGAUGGACCCCGACGGGCGCCUCCGCCGCGUGUUGGCCGCGUUUGGGGGCGGUGACGGUGUGUGGGACCUCGUGGACGCCGCGCUCGCCGUUGCAGCACGGGACAACCCCGACGAGCUGCGCGCACGCCGCGACGACAUCAUGGAGCGGCUCUACGUUAGGGCCCACUGCUGCGACUGCAAUAUCCCGCCGGCACCUGCUCAGCUGAGGACGACGGAUGAGGCUGCUGUUGCGGCGGCAUCUCCGGCCUCGCCUGAUGAGGAGGUCGACGCGGAUGGCCUCGGCGAGGACAAGGCUGGCGCCGGCAUGGAGAGCAAGAUCCUGGCAAUCAGGGACUUCCUGGAGGACCCCGACCAGUCGGAGGACGAGCUGGUGAGCCUGCUAUAGAACCUGGCAAACAUGGACAUCAUCUACAAGGCUCUCCGGGACACGGACAUCGGCCGGCAUGUGAAUGGCCUGUGCAAGCACCCAUCAGGGGAAGUGCGGCAGCUGGUGAAGCUGCUCGUCAGGUAUGAUUUGCUAUGUCUUGAAGGAUUAGCAAGAUCUCUUCGUGUUUUCAUUGGGACUGAAGCGAGCCCUGUAUUCAAAGUUUCUUCCAUCCCUCGUGCUUUGGAGAGAUAUAAUGCUGACUGCAGGCUAUGGGUUGACAAGGAGCUGUGGCUGGAGCAGCAACGGGAGAUGUGCGGCAGAGUCAAAAGCUUCCAUAUCCGAGCAACAAACGAUUGCAGUGGAAGAUCCUAGGAGUGUCUUGCUGUCUUCCGACCUUCCACAUCAGGUAUGGCAUACCUAAGGUCUCAUGGCUGGUGUUGUUCCAGGCCACUUGCAAGCAGAUGCCAGGCGUAGCUCUUCCAUGGUGUCCUGCUUAAUGGUGUUGGGGGAGACGUUGGGGAUGAAGUUGCGUGAUCCUGGGGCCGAAGUGACUGCUGGUGAGGGAGAGCAUACAUGUUGGAAUUUAUUCUCUCUUUAAUUUGGUUCAGGCACACAAAUUUGCCAAUGAACUUCCUUCAAGUGUAAA